AUGUCUGUGGACAACAGCUUCGACAAUUUAGAGCAGUUGAUGUUUCCUUCUGAUGAUGAUAUGUAAAACAGAGAAAAGAGAGAGGAAUAAUACGUUCUAGAUCCUAUUCCAUAAGAAUAGGAAGACAAACCUAUACAAUUAAAUCCAGCUAAUAAUGGGAAAACUUAUGAAUAAUUGUUUGAAAUAGUUUAAAGACUAAAUGACAUUAAUUGGGUGGAACCAUCAUCAAAAAUCACUCCUAUCAAGUAUCUGACUCCAAUUACAUACUGGUUUAUUAUAUGUUCACAAUACUUCCGAAACGAUGCUGAUCCUAAAAUCAUCAAGUAUUUAAUUACCAUUACACUUUAGAAUCAAUUAGGAAUGCCAAUAGAUUCAAGAGGAACCUCCUCGUCCAUAUACUUACUUUGAUGAUUGGUUCAUUAUGGAAAUGAGAAACAUAGUAAACUAUAAUCUAAGAUAGAUGGUUAAAAGAAUUAUCACCCAAAAAUGAUUUGGAAUUAUUGUAGACUCUACUUGAACAAUAAUUAAUAGAUACACAAAAAUUAGUCAAUAUUCAAAUUGAUACACUACAAACACAAAAACCAAAUUUGAACAUCCAAAACCCUCCUGAUUAUAUUCUCAAAGAUCUUGUUGGCCUCACUGAAAUUGAAAAUCAGUAUCUUACCUACCUUGAAAGUUAAUAAAAGUAUUCUAUUCUCCUAUUUAUUUUCUAGAUA